AUGACAUUUCCUACUCUCCACUCGCCGAUCCUAACCCUCCCGCGCGAGUUGCGCGACGAAAUCCUUGGCUACCUGACCCUACCACAAUACGUUUAUACAUCAAGCUCGACCAAAGACACCCAAAACCUUUACAAGACGCGCCAAAGUAAGAUAGAUACGUAUAUUGACACACGCAUCUACUUGCCUUCCCGUCCACCUGCCAACGUCUUGGCAACGUGUCGACAGCUACGAGAGGAGUGUCUGGAACGGCAUCUGCAUUGUUUGAACCAAGCGACAUUUGCAAUAUCGCUAAACCCAGAGAAGCGGCCCUUGAGCAAUGUUGUGGCCGAACGAUUGGGAACCGAAUUUGCCGAAGAAUCAGAGCGUGCCUGCGACGACGGCACUUUGCGAAUUACUUUGGAGAUUCAACGACAGAUCCGCGGAGCCCACGGUUACUACAUUCCGACACGCGAAGACAUGUCGCCUCGUUUCCUUGCACUGCUGCCCAUAAUAGAGAAGACCAAAAAGCUCAGACUGGCCAUCUGGCCUGGAUACGACUGGUGGAACGGUGGCCCGCAGGUCUUUGUCGACAAGCGCGGGAAUACUCGAAUCAAUCCUGGUGAGGCAGGGAAGCCUAACGCUGCCUCUGUUGCCACCAGUCGGGUGCUUCAAUACUUCCCUAAUGUCGAAGAACUCAAUGUAGAUGUGCUCAUGCAGGCGUCUGACGGUGGCAGAUGGGAUCUACCAGAUAAGAAAUGGGAGAAUGUUCAACCUUGGCUAGACGCACCAGUCACUCCUAACAUGAGAGAGGCACUGAAGAAGGUUACUAGGAAGCUCACUGGCUUCUGGAAAACAUCAGAACCGGAGCCCUUUUACAUACAACACGAGACUCGUCAAUCGAGCAACACCUGGAAGGUCGACCAGAAGGGCGAUAUGGGCACUCCUACAAUGAAGUCAUUCUGCGAUACCGGCAAUGAAGGCGACCUGGAAUUCCUUCGUUCGCUAGUAGUAGAGGAGUCUUUCGUCCGUAAUAACUAG